AUUCGGCAUUCGUAAACUGUACACUGAGGAGUGAACUUCGCUCGUGCUAUUGAUUGGAUUGUUCGUGUGAUGUGCGUAUUUUAAACAGUUUGAGUUUUACUUUGUGUUAUCUUCUCCCAUGGUUCGCAACUCGAGUGCUUCAAAGAUGGAGCCAAAUUUCUACGAGGAGGGUUCAUUCAAUCAAAACGUCAACCAGCUGAAACGGAAUUUGACUUUGGAUUUGAAUUCGGCUCACAACGACGCGAAACGUGCUCGAUUCUGCGGCGCUCCUGUCCUGUCGUCCCCGGACUUGCAUAAGUUGAAGCUAGGCUCUCCUGAUCUGGAGCGCCUUAUCAUCUCAUCGGGCAACCUGCCUACACCAACUCCAUCUCUCUUCCCGAGGAACCCAAACGCCACCAAAGAACAGGAAAGUUAUGUUCUUGGCUUCGUCAAUGCGCUAAAUGAGAUGCACCAAAGCGACUCCAGCCAAGGAGCAAUCCAACAAGUUGAAUUGCCGCGAUGUUCCAGUAGCAGUAACUCAUCUGCUGGAUCCUAUGGCUCCAUGGAUCCAACCGAUUUCUCCACCGAACUGAACGGAGUUGUCAUCAAAGAUGAGCCGCAAACUGUCCCCAACCUUGGCUCGCCUCCCGUGUCACCAAUCAACAUGGAGUGCCAGGAACGCAUCAAACUGGAAAGGAAACGUCAACGAAACAGGGUGGCCGCUUCCAAGUGCAGACGACGCAAACUGGAGAGAAUUGCCAAAUUGGAAGACAAGGUUCGACUGUUGAAAGGGGAAAACAACGAGCUCAGUGUUGUGGUGAACAAGUUGAAGGAUCAAGUGUGCAAUUUAAAACAACAAGUGUUGGAUCAUGUGCAAAGCGGCUGUGCAAUAAUGCCUGCUGAUCAGUCUUUUUAACAGGUUAGUCUCUACUGAUUAUAGCAAUAUUAUCAAAUAUUUAUUAUUCUUCCAGCCUGUGCCAGACUUGCCUUCUCAAUCUUAACUAACAGGCACUUCUCUCUGUGCAAGGCUUAACUUUCAAGUGGCUUAUGAAACGUCACUGUGUUCAAGACAUUUUAUAUUUCCACUAAUAGAGUGGAAUAACUCCAUCAGUAUUUGCUAUGUUGCAAAAAAGUGACCUAGGCUGUGUAUUAGUGUCAGCUGAUGGGUCCAUGUGAUCCUUCCAGGAUUUCAAAAGCAAUCUCUCCUUGAAAAUCACGGAGAUUCAUCAGGUAUAGGUUUUGUUAUAGGUUAAAGUAUCUUUUCUAGUCAUCAAUCAAUCUUGCAGUCAUUGUAAGUUCGAUUACACUUCAACCAAAUUUGUGAAGAUAAUAAUAGCCUAAGCUUUUGUUAACCUACCGUACAUAUAAUUGAAGUUUAUGAGUUGGCUUGUAGGUUCAGUCAAGUUUAUCUUAGUAAAUUAACACCAUACAAUUCAUUAAAUCUAGCAAUAAUUUGCGUUACCUGUGAGUACAUCUUAGGUACCGUAUUGUGUGUUACCAAAGUAUAAUAAAGUCCAGUUUAGAAGAAAGGCCUUGCAAAUUAACAAUUAUUAUUGAGUUCUGCUCUGUCCAUUGGAGGUUAUGUUCACUCUCAUAUUAAACUUGCUAUUGUUUCUCGUACUCUACAAGGAAUUCUUUUAAAUUUUUAUGGUUACAGUAAGAGUAGUCUAACUUGCUUUUUCAAUAUAUUAAAAUUAUAUUUAAAUGGUUAGGUAUCAUAGCUUGAUGACCAUAUUUUGAUUUCAAAUGACUAAGUAAUCUAUUGAGAUGAGAUUUUUCCAAGGACAUCGUCUCAUGAUUUGUGGUUUCAUUUUAUCUUCCUUCAACAUUAUUAUGUUAGAUGAAUCAUACUAUUGAAUGUUUCAAUACUCAUAUUAGUUAGUUUUAAUGCAAUACUUAUAUUUUUUUUUUAAAUUGUAGGCCUUGGAUUCAAUGUAUUCGAGUGAAUACAUUAGCAACAUAAGUAUAAAAGUGCCAACUCAGACUUUCAAGCUUAUCAUCAUAGCUAAUAUUAUAUUUGUUAUGAGUCAUAAGCGAUUGAUUAACUGUAUACCAAUUUAAAGCUAAUUUAAAGAAUAAAUUUGGAUCUGAGAAAAACAAUUUAAAUACAGGUGAAGUUACCUAGUAAAGGCUAAUAAGAUGUAGGUUCAGCAUUGGAUUAGAACCAUUGCAAGUGCUAUAAAUUAAAACAAUCUUACGCUCAAUUUGUAAUGUGAU